AAAACCAGUGUGCGUCAUUCAGUUCUGCUACUGCAACUCUCUCUCUCUCUCUCUCUCUCUAAUGUUUCUCUGUUCAGUCUUCUCUCUCCUCCUCAACUGAGGCCUCUCUCUCUCUCUCUCUCUCUCUCUGCAACUCGACAAUGGCCUUCGCUCAGCUCGUUUCUUAUUCCUCUUCCUCGCCCUCGCCCUCUCUCUCUCCCAAGCCCACCCUCGCUCCCGCUCCCGCUCCCCCGGUCGCCGCCGCUCCCACAGCCAGCUGCUACUACUCCUUCUCCUCCUCCUCCAAGCCCCUCGCCCCCCCGCCUCCCCUCCGCCGGCGGCGACGGCGGGGGAGCCCCGGCCCGGCCCGCUGCUCCGCCUCCUCCUCCCCGGAGUGGCGCCACGCGGGGUCCCCGUCCUCCGACGACGCCGUGGAGCUCCCCCUGUUCCCGCUCCCGCUCGUCCUCUUCCCCGGCGCGAUCCUCCCCCUCCAAAUCUUCGAGUUCCGGUACCGGAUCAUGAUGCACACGCUCCUCCAGACCGACCUCCGGUUCGGCGUCAUCUACACCGACUCCGUCUCCGGCAUCACCUCCGUCGGCUGCGUCGGGGAGAUCGUCAAGCACGAGCGCCUCGUCGACGACCGGUUCUUCCUCAUCUGCAAGGGCCAGGAGCGGUUCCGGGUCACCGGGAUCGUCCGCAACAAGCCCUACCUCGUCGCGCAGGUCACGUGGCUCGAGGACCGGCCCUCCGCGGACGGGGCCGACGACCUGGAGUCGCUGGCCGGUGAGGUGGAGGCCUACAUGAAGGACGUCAUCCGGAUCUCCAACCGGCUGAGCGGGAAGCCCGAGAAGGAGGUCCCGGACCUGAGGCGGAACCUGUUCCCGACGCCCUUCUCGUUCUUCGUCGGGAGCACGUUCGAGGGUGCGCCGAGGGAGCAGCAGGCGCUGCUCGAGCUGGAGGACACCGCCACGAGGCUGAAGAGAGAGAAGGAGACGUUGCGGAACACGCUCAAUUACUUGACCGCCGCCUCCGCCGUCAAGGACGUGUUCCCGUCGUCGUGAUCGAAUCGAGUGAGGACCGGGGAAGACUGAUCACUUACUGAAGAAGCAGAAGCGAAGAACAAAGCUAAGUGUUCUUUUGCCAACGCCCUGGACUUUGUUGGUAAGUAAAUCACGCGGGAAGGAAAACCCUCAGUAAGAUGUAAAUUUUUUUUUGUGAUUUUGUAAAUGAUUCGAGCUUAAUAUUAUCCAUCAAGGCGUCCAUAGUUCAUGGUUUA